GUUGAAUCAAUGACGAUGCCAUUUCUGCCAGAUAAUUCCAAACAAAUAGUAUCAUGAUUACUGCAAUGAAAUGGCGGAGCCCACUGCCCACUGCUUCUCACUCAUCCCACUAAACCUACAAUUCCACACCCCUAUAAACAACUUUUCCUUUCCAUUCCAAGACCUGAUAAUAUCACAAACUAUUUUUCUCCACAUUCCCACUUCAGUUCACCACCAUUCUCACCAAUGCUUAAGUUCUUUGAUUGUUCCCUCAGGAUUUUUGCCGUUCCUCUUAGUGUUGCAACCAUUUGGUUAACUGUGACUAACCAGCAGGACAACACCAGCUAUGGGAAACUAGAGUUCAGCAAUCUCUCAGGACUCAAAGCCAUGGUUUGCAUCAGUGCUCUAUGUGCUGCAUAUGCAAUAUUUGCUGCUGUUUCCUCAUGGUUCAAAUUCUUUGUUUCCAAAGCUUGGAUUUUCUUUGCCUCCGAUCAGAUUGUGGCCUACUUACUGGUAACAUCAGUGGCUGCAGUGUUGGAGAUAUUGCAGUUAGCUUACAAUGGUGAUCAAGAAGUUACAUGGAGUGAAGCCUGCAGGUCUUACGGGAAAUUUUGCAAUAAAAUGAAAAUAGCUUUUGUUCUCCAGGCCUUGACUCUUAUUUGUUUCAUCAUCUUAGCAGUAAUUUCAGCUUAUAGAUUCUUCAGCCUGUUUGAACCUCCUUCUGUUUCUUCUUCCAAGGAGGUUGAAGAAGAAAGGAACUAAAUAGAUAAUAGUUUUUCUCUCAAACAUCUUUAUCAGUCCACCCGGUGGGGAAAUUAUCGAGCUCUUAUACUCUAGAUGGUAUUUCAAUAAAGAAUACUUCAAUAC